UCACACUGGUGAUAUUUUAAUUUUAAUUUUAUUUUAAUAAAAACCAUUAUUUGUCCACGAAACAAUUAAUGUUCGCAGUAAUUCUCGUACGAAACAGAUAGUGCGAAAAACCCCAGAAUGGAGUGCAACCUGGGCAGUGAAAUAGGCCUGAAGAUGCGCAGUGCCGUCAAGGCAAAGCUGCUGGAACUGGGCACGGGCGGCUCAUCCGGCUUCAUAGACGACGAACUGCCGGACUACGUGAUGGUGAUGGUGGCCAACAAACGCACCAAACAGCAAAUGGCCGCAGAGUUAAAUCUCUUUCUGGGCGACCAGACGGAUCUCUUUGUCACCUGGCUGCACGAAGUUCUCCAGAAGCUGCAGGAAGUCACAUUGCCCACAGCCAGUGCUUCCAGCAAAAAGCGCAAAUCUCGUCAGCUCGAAGCACGUCCCAAAUCGAAGGAGAAGGACAAAAGGCACUCGUCGAAGAAGGACAAAAGGGUGCAGAGGAAGUCGGGCGAUGAGAUGGCAGAUGGACAGUCAAGUUCGGCCGAUGCCAUGCCCGUCAUUAGCUCCAUAACCGAUGCCUUUGCCGAGGAGCUGCUGGAGAAAGCCAAAAAAUCACUUGACAUCGACAUCAAUGCCAAGGAUGAGAUUGUACACAAAAAGAAACGCAAGUCAAUGGAGAGUGAGGAGGAAACGGGAGACGGAGAGGUGGCCCCCACUACAGACAUAAGCUCAACCGCCAACAGCGGCGUCAAUCGGCAGAAGGAUCUGGCCGAGCUGGCUGAGAUUCAAAAGAAAAUCCAUGCGGCCAAAAAGCAUUUGCGCAAGAUAGGCGAAAUAGAGGACGAGAGUGAUGUGGAGGCGGAGGAUGACGACGACGACGAUCUCUUGAACAUCAACGAGCAGGAGGAUGAGCCGGAGAUCCAGCAGUCGUCCGUUGAAGAAGUACAGGAAAAGGUCCCUCCCGCACGCAAAACCAAAAGUCCAAUUAUUUUCAAGAGGCGAGAGCAAACCCCUCCUGAGCAGCGUGUCGAGCCAGAUAUUGAUUCACGCCAGGCGGUGAAGCUGGAUUUGGAGAUUGAGAAGGAAAAGGAGAAGCCCAAGGAAGAUCGCUCGGAACGACGUUCGGUCCAUGACCGUCUGGGUUCCAAACAGGCCGCACAGCCGCCAUCAGAGCGCCCGCAACGCGGCCAAAAGGAGCUCUAUGUCCCGGCACAUCGCAGACGUCUGGAGGCAUCGGAAGCACAGGCACCCAAGGAUCGCAGCCAGCGAGAACGCUCAAGAGAACGUCGCUCCAGCCGCGACAAUCUCAGGGAAUCGAACCGGGCCCAUCGCCAGCGACGUUCGCCCAGCCCCGAGGCACCCAAGGCCAAGCAACGCAUUGGUUCGCGUGUCAUUGUGGCAGUCCACAAGCCGCCAGAGCCCUCGGACGAUGAAGAUAUGGCCGACAAGCCUGUCAACUCGGUCAUCAAGAUCAAGCCCCGGCCCCAGGUGUCGCCCCGAAGACAGGCGUGCAAGAAUCUACUCAUGAGAGCUGUGGCCGAUGCCCAGAGAUCAACGAUUCUGGCCAAGACGUCAGCGCCUUCGCUAAAGAAAGAUAUUGAGGAGGUGGAGCUGGUCAGCAGCACCUCGCUGGGCAAACGCAAGGCGCCGGAAAAGUUGGAACGCGAUCGAUCGCGUGAUCGGGCCAAGCGUGAUCGCAGUGCCCCAACCACGGAGCUGUUCAGGCGCAGCACUCGCGAGUUGGUGGUCAAUGUGCUGCAGCGGGAUGCGGCAGGCAAGCAACAACACACCGCCCGACGCUCCAACGAUAGUCAAGCCGAGAUGAAGCUGAAGCUGGUGGAGGAAGAGUAUGGGCCCAGUCUCGUGGCCGAAGACUACGAGCCGUACGUGCCGCAGCUGUUGAAUCACGUGGAGGAUAUAGACUUGCACAUUGGUUCGCCAGAGGCGAGGCCCAGCUCUAGGGGACCCAAAACUCAGUUUGUGGUGACCCUGAAUGGGGAGAAAACCUCAACGUCGGCCAGCAGGGACAGGGACAGGGACGCCACCUAUCGCAAGCGGAGCAUCUCGGUGAAACGCUCAUCCUCACCCGUAGCCACAACACCACAACAAGUGACCUCUUCCAGUGCGGAACCAACUGCUGCCACAGCUGCUGCCUCCUCCUCCUCCUCGUCAUCGUCCUCAAUGGUCGACAGACGCCGCAAAUCCAAUCGCGCAUUGAGCAUCACCCCAUCGCCCAAUUCAAGUCCAUCAAAUCAUCAAAUCACACGAAGUCUGAAGCGUAAUGAGGUGCUCAGGCAGCAGCAGGAAAUCAAAAAGAUCAUCAUCAAAAAUGACACCGACGAGGACGACGAAACGCACAGUGCACCGCCAAAGAAGAGCCAGUUGCCGCACAAGCGACAAGCGGUGGGUGCCAGCAGUUCUGUGGCCUCGGCCAAUGGUCAUAAGGAAAAAAGAGCAAAGGCUGCCGCCACAGAGGAGCGCUCGAAUACGCCACCACUGCCGGCCACUGGCCGUCAAGCCUUGCCCAGACUGGAGAAGGAGAAGCGAGCCGUCAGCAAAGAGAAAUCUGGAAAUGCAAAUUCAAAUUCUAGUGUAGAGCCAUUGACGGCAUCGGCUACGGCACCAGUGUCCGUAAUAGUCUCUGCAUCGGCCAAAAAUAAACACACGCCCAUUCGCUUUACUUUAAAGUCGGAGGAGAAGUCACAGGCACAGGCACCGGCACAGGUACAGGCACAGCCUGCCACAAGAAAGCGUCGUUCGGGCAGUCAUGAGCGUGAUGCAUCGAUGGAAAGGCGAAAAGUACCCUUACGGAAUUUAGAGGAUAGAAAAUAUGACAAUUUGCCGGCAUUAAGCGCCGUCAGCGUGGACUCGGCCGUGUUGAAGGUGAGCAAGCCCAAGGAGCGUUGCAAAUACCAUCCGAGCUGCACAAAACAAUUCUGCGAGUACUAUCACCCGACGGCGCCAUGCAAGUCCUUUCCCAAUUGCAAGUUUGCCGACAAAUGCAUGUACUCGCAUCCCAAGUGCAUGUACGAUAUGUCGUGCAUGAGCAUUGACUGCAAUUAUGCGCACAGCGGACAGCGGGAUCUCAGCCAUGUGCAGCUAACGGCACCGCCUUUAUCCUCCCAUGUCAUACCUGUGCAGAACUAUAAAUCAAUAUCGGCACCCAUGACGGCCACCACAGCAACAACAAUGUGCAAAUAUUAUCCGAAUUGCACCAAGGUGGGGUGCACCUUCUAUCAUCCAAAGCCAUGCCGUUUUGGCAAGAAUUGCGUCAAUAAGCUGGAGUGUGUCUUCUAUCAUCCGGAGAUGCAGAGCAAAUUCAAAUGGGUUGCCUCGAUGGGCUGAGCAUACACCUAACACCACCACUCACCACUCAACACCCAUCCCACAUGGCAACCCUCAUAAGUUUUAACAAUAUUUAGCUAAUGUCAUUUUAUCCAUCCACUCUACCUACUCCCUGCUCCCGGCUGCCACUGCUACCUGCUAUAUGCCAGAUCCCCGCUAUAUUCAACACUAUACCAAAAUCCCUUUUUUCUAUUGGAUCUAAUUGGGAGCCUGGAGCUGUGGAGUUCUUUUUUAAUUAUACACAGAGAGCUGUGUAGCCAAAACAAUUUCAUUUCAUUUAUGCAUUUGAUUUGCACACACACACACACAAAUUUAUAUAUAUUAGACAUUAGCUGCUAUCUUCCUCCUCCACUCUCACGUAAAACAAAACGAUAAAUUGGAUCUUUUUUAUUGCAUAUGAACAUAAUCUACACACGCGUCAUGCAAAGGUCUGCGAAUAAAAUUAGCAAUAGUUGCUACAAGUUGGAAAAUUAAAUUGCUU